AUGAGUCCUCUCCCCGAUGAAUUCGAUAUAAUCGUGUGUGGCGGUGGCAGUUGUGGCUGCGUUGUCGCAGGGAGAUUGGCCAACCUUGACCACAAUCUCAAGGUACUUUUGAUUGAAGCAGGAGAAACUAACCUAAACGACCCAUGGGUGUUUCGACCGGGUGUCUACCCUAAGAAUAUGAAGCUUGACUCCAAAAGGGCUUCCUUCUAUGAGUCACGCCCCAGCAAAUGGUUGGCCGGUCGGAAGGCGGUGGUUCCUUGCGCGCACGUCUUGGGCGGAGGCUCGUCCAUCAACUUCCUUAUGUACACGAGAGCCUCGGCGUCUGAUUAUGAUGAUUUCCAAGCAAAGGGCUGGACCACUCAGGAGCUGUUGCCAUUGAUGAAAAAGCAUGAGACAUACCAACGUGCGUCUCAGAACAGAGAUAUUCAUGGUUUCGAAGGUCCCAUUAAGGUCUCUUUCGGUAACUACACGUACCCAAUCAAGGAGGACUUCCUCCGUGCCGCCGAGUCGCAGGACAUUCCAAUUGUGGACGAUCUCCAGGACCUGUCCACCGGCCAUGGAGCAGAGCACUGGUUGAAGUGGAUUAAUCGUGAUACUGGGCGACGUAGCGACAGCGCUCAUGCCUAUAUCCAUUCGACGCGAGCUGUGCACUCCAAUCUCUACCUUGCUUGUAACACGAAAGUAGAGAAGGUCAUCAUUGAAGAUGGCCGGGCAGUCGGGGUCCAGACUGUGCCCACCAAGCCGCUCCAUCCGAAUCAGAACAAGGCUCGAAUCUUCAAGGCUCGCAAACAAAUCAUUGUCUCAGGUGGCACACUAUCCUCUCCCUUAAUUCUCCAACGAUCAGGAAUUGGUGACCCUGAGAAACUGAAGCAGGCUGGCGUCGAGCCAAUCAUUGACCUACCAGGAGUCGGACUGAACUUCCAGGACCAUUAUCUAACAUUCUCUGCAUUCAGAGCCAAGCCUGAGACCGAGAGCUUUGACGAUUUUGUCAGAGGUGUGCCAGAGGUUCAGAAACGCGUAUUUGAUGAGUGGGCUCUAAAGGGUACCGGACCCUUGGCCACCAAUGGCAUCGACGCUGGCGUCAAGAUCCGGCCGACCCCGGCAGAGCUCGAGGAGAUCGCUUCCUGGCCGACGCCACAUUUCAAGGACGGUUGGGAGUCUUACUUCAAGGACAAGCCUGAUAAACCAGUCAUGCACUAUUCGGUCAUUGCUGGCUGGUUCGGUGACCACAUGCUAAUGCCACCCGGAAAGUUCUUCUCCAUGUUUCACUUCCUUGAGUACCCAUUCUCUCGUGGCUCAACUCACAUCAGGUCGGCCGACCCAUAUGAGGCCCCGGACUUCGAUGCUGGUUUCAUGAAUGACGACCGUGACAUGGCGCCGAUGGUGUGGGGUUACAUCAAGUCUCGUGAAACGGCUCGUCGCAUGGACGCCUACGCCGGUGAGGUGCAAGCCAACCACCCCUUCUUCUCACACGACUCUCCCGCUCGUGCCAAUGAUAUGGAUCUCGCAACUACACAGGCAUAUGCCCUGCCUGGCAACCUCAGUGCUGGUCUGCAGCAUGGCAGUUGGAGCACCUACAACCCGGAACCCAGCAGAAGACCAGAGGCAAACAUCUUGAACAGCAAUAAGGCUGACAUUAGGGAAGAUCUCAAAUACAGCAGCGAGGACAUCAAGGCUAUAGAGGAGUGGGUCAAGCGACAUGUUGAGACUACAUGGCACUGCCUCGGAACUUGCUCCAUGGCGCCGAAGGAGGGCAACAGCAUUGUAAAGCAUGGUGUGCUCGACGAGCGCCUCAACGUUCAUGGUGUGCAGGGCCUCAAGGUUGCCGAUCUCAGUAUCUGCCCCGACAAUGUUGGCUGCAACACUUACUCCACCGCUCUUUUGAUAGGUGAAAAAUGUGCUGUUCUCACGGCCGAAGAUCUUGGGUACUCGGGAGAGGCUCUGGAGAUGAAGGUACCGACGUACCACGCCCCGGGAGAGGUCACUUUGCCGUAUCGCCUCUAA